CCGAAAGUCCACACGACCAGAUGCGCUAAUUCUACUUUAUUAACGUCUCCAAGAAGUCCUCAAGAUGCACAGCUUCUGGGUCCUGCUGCUCUUCAUUAGCCCAGCCACCACCAACUUCUUAAGUUUAUCCCUGACCUACCCGGAAGCUCUUGAAGAGGCCGUCAGACUCUACAAUGAAGAGGAAGGUGUCAAGUUUCUCUACCGCCUUGUGAGAGCUGAACCCCGGCCAGACUGGGACCCUGAGGCAGAAGGAGUCCAAUCCCUGAAGUUCUCCAUGAAAGAGACUGUCUGCUCAGCCAUCGAGGGCCUCGACUUCUCCAAGUGUGACUUCAAAGACGACGGGGAAGUGAAGGUUUGCUCCGCAUCCUACAAAUAUCAGAAGAAACCACAAAUGAACCACGUUGACGUGCUGUGCUAUUGUCGUCAGUUCUGCCUUUUCCUCUUUCGGCAGAAAGCCCACACGCGGCUUCCCGUCUUUCGGAAAAGUCCUCAUCGGUUCGAGGCGCAAGCAGGGCAACGAUCUGAAGGAGAGACCGGGAUCCCCCGACCGGCCAUGUUCCGACGACCUCGAGAGGGCAGCAAGCGGGCAGGCGGCGGGCGGGCGGGCGGGCCGGCGCGCCCGGCUCUCCGCUGCCACCUAGAGGCGAGGCGAGGAAGGGCCGACGUCUCUGGAGAGGCGCGGGGCCUCCGGCGAGCGCGCGCUGCCCCCCAGCGGCGGCUCCGUGCCAUGGCGCGGCUUAAAAAGUUUGCCGAAGCCGGCGGAGCAGACCCUGACUCGGGAGGGCUCCGGGCGCGUUUUCCCGAAAGAUGAUGGCAACGUUCGAGCGCUGCAGCCCCCGAGAGCGUGCGCACUCUAGGGACGUCGAGGAAGGGAGCUUUCCCGGUCUGUGGCCUUUCAAGGAAAACGCCCACCAGCUUUCUUUGCCAGGAGCCUCGCUCCGUCCCUCCAGCGCCGGCCGCAGCCCCCGGGCCAGCGUUUCUCAGU